AUGGCUUCUCCCUCUAGACAGGAUCCCCUCGGGGGAUCAGGACUGCUUCAAGGGGGCCGGGCUCGUUCUUACGGAAGCCUGGUGCAGUCGGCUUGCUCCCCAGUGAGGGAAAGACGCCUGGAGCAUCUGUUGGCGCCCGGAGACACCUUGGCGGGACUAGCACUCAAAUACGGGGUGACGAUGGAACAGAUUAAGCGUGCAAACCGCCUUUAUACUAAUGACUCCAUCUUCCUGAAGAAAACCCUCUACAUCCCCAUCCUGACAGAGCCCAGAGACCUGUUCAAUGGUUUGGAUUCUGAGGAAGAGAAAGAUAGAGACGAAGAGAUACAGCCAAGUAAGGACGAAGUUGGGCCACACUCAGCAGAGAGGAAGAAACGAGAGACAGGUCCAGGACGUGCCAAUGGUGAAGUCCUUCCCACACCUGGUCGGGAACCCCCGGCUCCCAUCCAUGAUCUCUCUGCCUCUGACUUCCUUAAGAAGCUUGAUUCACAGAUCAGCCUGUCAAAGAAGGCUGCUGCCCAGAAGCUGAAAAAGGGGGAAAGUGGGAUACCUGGGGAGGGAACAGGUCUUCACCGGAGCUCCCCUGGGAUACAGCAACGCGCAGUCCUAGGUCCUGUGCCGCUGACCCAGACCUCUCGAACCCAGACGCUUCGGGACCAGGAGGAUGAAAUCUUCAAACUCUGAUGUCCCCAGAACUGAUUGAGAGAAGCAAGAUGAUGAAGGAGCAACUUGAGGGGGAGAGGAGCCUGAGGUGAGGCUCAAGAACAUGGCUUCCCAGCCCACCUCCCUCACUCUGGCUCAGCCUCAUUGUCCAUCAAGUGGUCCUUGGCCUGGAGCAGUUUCUGUUGGCAAGAGUAGGGUUGGGGAAUAGACUCCUUCUCCGUUCUCGGGCUGAAUCUAGAGUUGUCCUUUAGAUUCAAAGGCUCUUUUUACGUCCCUGCUGCCUUUCCCAUGCCUUUCACUAUUCCUUGGCCUUAGAGCAGGGAGGCAGGGACAACCCCCAGCCCCCAACUUCCUCCCCAUCUCCAACUAUGCUGCCUAAUUUAUUUGGUGCUAUAUGGAAGUAAUAUUUAUUUGCUAUAUUUUAUUCUUUCCCACUCUUAGCUGAAAAAUGGGAUUUUGUAGCCCUGGUGUGAGGGAAACCUAGGAACAGUGAGCCAG